AUUAUUCUAAUCUGUAAUAAAAUUUUGGAUUAAGGGGAGGUGGAGUCAUCGAUGGGUAGGGUAGUCCAGGAGACGUUCGAUCAAACAGCUGAGAACUGAUGAAAGAUUUUGAUAAUCUGUGGAACCUGUAUCUGCAAUUUGAUUUCUAACUUACAGGCAUUACAAGCUCGAACUCGCUAUAGUCAGUGGAGAUGGGGUUUAUCAGCACAAUAUUGGGGUUUUGGGGUUUUGGAGUUGGGCUUACAUCUGGGAUAGUGGUUGGUUACUAUCUGUUCAUCUUCUUUCAGCCCAGCGAUGUCAAGGAUCCUGAUAUCCGCCCGUUAGUUGAGCAAGACUCUCAAAGUUUGCAGCAAUUGCUUCCUGAAAUACCCCUUUGGGUAAAAAAUCCAGAUUAUGACCGAAUUGACUGGCUCAACAAGUUCCUUGAAAUUAUGUGGCCUUACCUUGACAAGGCCAUCUGCAAGACGGCAGAAAAUAUUGCUACUCCAAUUAUUAAUGAGCAAAUUCCAAAAUACAAACUCGAAUCGGUUAAAUUUGAAUCUCUCACUCUAGGAUCGCUGCCACCAACUUUUCAAGGUAUGAAGGUGUAUCUCACUGAAGAGAAGGAGUUGAUUAUGGAGCCUUCCAUGAAAUGGGCAGGGAAUCCUAAUGUCGCAGUUUCCGUGAGAGCGUAUGGACUGAAAGCAACUGUUCAGGUUGUGGAUUUGCAGGUAUUUGCUCAACCUCGAAUCACUCUGAAGCCUCUGGUUCCUAGCUUUCCUUGUUUUGCCAAAAUCCUUGUGUCUCUCAUGGAGAAGCCACAUGUUGACUUUGGACUGAAACUUGGUGGGGCUGAUCUAAUGUCACUUCCUGGCGUUUACAGGUUUGUGCAGGAGACUAUUAAAGAUCAAGUUGCAAAUAUGUAUCUGUGGCCUAAAACACUUGAAGUGCAAAUUCUGGAUCCAAAGAGUGCCAUGAAGAAGCCUGUCGGGAUACUCCAUGUAAAGGUUGUGAGGGCAAUGAAGCUAAGGAAGAAAGAUCUGCUAGGUGCAUCAGAUCCUUAUGUGAAACUGAAACUCACUGAAUCGAAGGCUCCAUCCAAAAAGACUACUGUGAAGCAUAAGAAUUUGAAUCCUGAGUGGGAUGAAGAUUUCAGCUUAGUCGUCAAAGAUCCAGAAACACAAGCAUUAGAGCUUUCCGUAUAUGAUUGGGAGAAGGUUGGAAAGCACGAAAAAAUGGGUAUGAAUGUAGUUCCUUUGAAGGAACUUCAAGCUGAUGAACCAAAAGUUAUGACACUAGAUCUACUAAAGAACAUGGAUUUGAAUGACGAUCAAAAUGAUAAGAUGCGUGGACAGAUUGUUGUGGAAUUGACAUACAAACCUUUCAAAGGGGAAGAUCUGCCAAAUGAUCUUGAAAACCCUGGUGCAGUAAACAAAGCUCCUGAAGGCACACCGCCUGGUGGAGGGCUACUGGUCGUUACUGUGCAUGAAGCUGAAGAUGUCGAGGGAAAGCAUCACACUAAUCCAUAUGUGCGCAUCAUUUUCAAAGGAGAAGAACGAAAAACUAAGCAAAUAAAGAAGAAUAGAGAUCCCCGAUGGGAAGAAGAGUUUACAUUUAUGUUGGAAGAACCUCCUUUAAAAGAGAGGAUGCAUGUGGAGGUAGUAAGCACCUCAACCAGGAUCGGCCUGCUGCAUCCUAAGGAAAUAUUGGGGUAUGUUGACAUCAACUUAGCAGAUGUUAUCAGCAAUAGGAGGAUAAACGAUAAGUUUCAUCUUAUCGACUCAAAGAAUGGACGGAUCCAAAUCGAGCUGCAGUGGCAGACCUCUUAAGGUAGGCUUGCUUGUUCGUUGUACAAACAUGUAUGCUAAAGAGACAAAAGGUAAAACUUGGAGUGUGUGGGCACAAACAGAAUAAUAAAACGGCCAAGAACAAUGAUAGUAUUAUUAGUAGGAACAGAAGAGAAGAGAAGAGAACAGGCAAUGUUUGUACAUGUUUUCUUUCAUUUGAAAACAACAUAUAUAUGGAUAUGGAUGGAGUGCACCUCCAUCCCAGAUCACUAAAUUGCUAUUUCA